GGUUAAGUCACAAACUCACUGCACCUUGUGUAUCAGGGAGGGGAGGGUUAUAACUGGUGUCAGAGAUACAUUAACUGUCAGUUUCAUUUCUUUUCUCUCCCUUUCAGUGAUGGCGGCUGCUGAUCUGAGAGCUGAGCUGACCUGCUCCAUCUGCCUGAGCAUUUAUACUGAUCCUGUAAUACUGCCAUGUGGCCACAACUACUGCCUGAUCUGCUUUGAGAAAACAUGGGACUGGCAGAAGAGCAUAAAGGAAGAUAUUUUCUGUCCUGAAUGUAGAAGAAUUUACAGGAGAAAACCUAAAAUGCAAAGGAACCUGAGGCUGAGGAACAUAGCAGAGCAAUUCCUUUCUACUGACCCAGAGCAGGAUGGGACUGAGACCUCUGGGAACAGAAAAUGCUCCUCACACCACAAGUACCUGGAGUAUUACUGCUGUGAGGAUGGUGCCUGUGUCUGUGUGUCCUGCUGUCUGGCCGGAGAGCACAGGGGCCACAGGGUGGAGCUGCUGAGUGAGGCCUCUGAGAAGAAGAAAGAGACACUGAGGAAAGUUCUGAAGAAACUGAGGCCAGAGAGAGAGGAGACUGAGAGAGGAGCCCAGAGACUGCAGGAGCGCAGGAGAGAAGUGCCAGAAAAAGCAGCCGGUGAGACAGAGAGAGUCACUGCCCUGUUUAGAGACAUCAGGGAACAGCUGGAAGCCCUAGAGAAGCAACUCCUGAGUGACAUCUCCAGCCAGAAAGAGAAGCUCUCACUCACAUUCUCUGAUCUGAUGGAGCAGCUGGAAAUAAAGAAGGACGAGCUGUCCAGGAAGAUCCGUCACAUUGAGGAGCUGUGCAACAUGGCAGAUCCACUCACUGUCCUACAGGAACGGGAAUCACAUGGAGCUGCAGAUAAUGAGGGGGGCAGAGAGAGACAUGAUAUAAAGGUCCCUGCUGUAGGGGAUCUGGAUGUGGAUCUGAUCUCAGAGACAUUACUCACAGGCUUAGCUGCCAUUGGGACUGGGGUAAAGGGAAGGAUCUAUGGGCAGGAGGCUACAGACCUGAUACUGGAUAUAAACACGGCUGGGAAUCAUGUAUUUGUACCAUGGAACAGGAAAUCUGCUUCAUACUCGCAUGGACCAUGGGGUUAUCCACAAUCCCCAGAGAGAUUUCGGAAUCAACCUCAGGGUUUGAGCAGCAGGAUUUUCCACUCAGGACAACAUUACUGGGAAGUGGAGGGCAGUGAAUCAGGGGACUGGGGGGUAGGGGUGACCUAUCCCAGUAUAGAGAGGAGAGGGGAUCAGUCCUUCAUUGGAAAUAAUAACAAGUCCUGGGGUUUGUGCAGAUGGAAUAAUAAUUAUAUAGUGAUACAUGACAGUAGAGAGGCAGAGUUACCCCACGUCCCUUCCUGCAGGAGAAUCAGGAUCUCAUUGGACUAUGAGGCCGGACGUCUGUCCUUUUAUGAGCUGAGUGAGCCAAUCAGACACUUAUACACCUUCACUGUCACAUUCACUGAGCCCCUCCAUGCUGCAUUCUGUGUAUGGGGGGGCAGUGCCCGGCUGAGAAUCAUUAGUUAGGACAUUGCCCUCUGCCCAGCUCGGAAAUCCAUUCCCACAGCUGCCCCUUGCCUUGUGACGAGUUAUGGAAUGAAGAAAAUGAAAAAGUUUUUAUGUAAUCAAUGGCAUCAAAAUAUAACUCACUAGAGUUAUGGAUCUUCUGAGAAAAAAAAGACAAAGAUUCCACAUCAAGAUGUAUGUUAAAGUGAAUAUAUUGAGUAAUCAAGCAAUUAUUACAAUGAAAUGAUUAUUUAAACUAAAACAACUUUUACAGUAUAUACAGUUAAUGAUUAACUAUGCAGUUUACAUUAUUGUUAUUAUCAAUGUAACAGAAUGAAGGGAAAUAUGGAGGUCACUUUCUCUCCUGCAGGUCCAUCAUGGCUUCCCUCUGGCUCAUCUUUUGGCUCAUUCUAAUAAGUUACAACCUAAAUUCCCGUUUAGAAACUUUUUUAGGCGGCCUACUGUUAUGUCAUAUAAAUGGCACAAAACUGUGUGCUCCCCUUUAGUUAGAUCAGAUUUAGGGGAAAAUAAUAGAGGACAGCGAAGCCAGUAAAGAAUGGAACGUUCCCCUGUUUAACAUGUAAUUGUUAUUGUAACUGCCAGCGAGGGAAGGUAAUUUACCAUUCACAUAAAGGUCCUCUUAUCAAGAACCCAUGGGAGUUACAGAACACGGGGCAGACGUCAUAGAUGGUCAAAGAGCGGAUACUUGAGAGAGAACAAAUCUGCCAAAAUAAACCAAGCUGUGACCUGACAUUGUGUUGAUAUCAUGAAGGGGAUAGAUAAUGAAUAGGUGAAUAAAGGUGAAUACAUUUGUUGUGCACUCUUUCACCAUCUGGCUUGAACAGGGAAUAUAAACGUCACAAAAUCUUCUGGUAAUUUAGAUUUUAACUUGUGUUUUUACAAUAAUGUUUGAUAUAAUCUUUAAAAUAAUCUUUUUCAGAUGCUUUUGGAUUAAACACAUCAUUUUUGGACUGAAAGAUUUAUUAUAUGGGGUAUUCAAUUUGAUAAAAUGUUUCAAGUGAUUUUGUAAAAUGUUGUUCUUUUUAUGGUAUUGUGGAAAUCUGCUUGUAGUACAUAGGGGAUGCCAAGAGAUGGUCUAGUGUAAAUUGUACAUUGUAUGUAGCAAAUGUUGCUGCAUUAUUGUCCAAGAUAUAAAACAACCCUAUGUACAAUAAAAGCUUUUGAAGUUUA